AUGUAGAUAACUUUCCAAUAAAAUUUACCAGUAAAUAGAGCAACAAUUUAGAGCUUUUCUAUGUAUUAUCAUACUGAGCAUGACUAGGUUUUAACAUCAAAUAAAGGCUAUGUGAUUGAUGAUGAAGUAUCAAAGAAAGUAGAGAAAAAAGAAACUUUGGCACAAUAAAAGGAGAAAAAUAGAGUGACUGAAUAUAUGAUACUAUUAUCAGCUGAUAUGUCUAAUCAUAUAGGUGCUUAAUCAACAACAUUAUGCAACAGAAAUCCAAAAGAUAUUAAUUCACAUAAACUAAUAGAAGUUAUUGAAGUCAGAACUGAUCCUGUGGAAAUUUAAAUUGAGGAUUAAGGUCCAGGACUACCAAAUCCUUCUUAAUGGUCUCAGUAGUAGAACAGCAGGAAGAAGGGAAGUAUUUUACCUAAAGUAAAGCAGACUCCAAAGACAAGAUUUUGA